AUGCUGAAGCUGGUUCAAAUCAUGAUUUCUUCGGCCCAUGUAAGAAAUGAAAUGUUUGAACUCAGCCGUCAGUCUAUGGCCCUGGUGCGAGGCCUGACCGCCGCACACCGCUGCCAUCACCAACUUACACUCAAACAGAUUGCUUCUUCGUCACCAUUCGUGUGUAUCUCGGAGGAGGUUCAGGAAGCGUUGGUUAAUAGACGGGCAGUGGUGGCUCUGGAGAGCACUAUAUUAACUCACGGUCUUCCUGCUGACCGCGCUCUCCGCCUAGGCUUGGACGUGGAAGCAGAAGUACGCGCCAACGGCGCCGUACCAGCCACUAUCGCUAUCCUUGACGGUCACCUUCGAGUUGGACUGACGCACUUGGAACUUGACCGCCUCAUCGAUGGGGCUAGCCGGGGUAAUGCCAGAAAGGCUGCAAUUCGUGAUCUACCUUUCGCACUCACCUGCUCAGACCCUAGUCGCGUUUUUGGCACAACUGUGUCCUCCACCUCCUUCGCAGCUCACUUAGUCGGCAUUCGCGUGUUCGCCACUGGUGGCACCGGGGGUGUGCAUCUCGGUGCAGAAGUCAGCAUGGACAUCUCUUCGGACCUGCUUACCCUCGAGUCAAUUCCUGUUGCGGUUGUCUCCGCCGGUAUAAAAUCCAUUCUGGACAUUCCAAAAACACUUGAGCUGCUGGAAUCAAGAGGUGUAACUGUAGCCAGCGUGACAACAGACAUCUUUCCUGCCUUCUUCACCAGGAACUCUGGUGUAAAGUCGCCCGGAAGAGUUGACAGCCCUGAAGAGGCUGCACGACUCUUUGCCACAAGUCUUGCUAUACGACCCUCAUCAGGAAUGUUGCUUGCUGUUCCGAUUCCCGAGCACAUGCAGGCUGUCGGUGAAAGAGUAGCUAGAGCAAUUGAGGAGGCUCAUAAGGAGGCUAAGCAAGCUAACAUUACCGGAUCAAACGUGACACCCUUCAUGUUGGAAAGAGUUAGACAGCUUACUGACGAUGCUUCUCUGGAGGCCAAUAUUCAUCUCGUUCUUAACAAUGCCAAAUUUGCUGCCCAAACCGCCGUUAAACUCAUCGUUCAAAUGAGCACACUAUGCAGCAGAAAUGCACCUGUUAAAAAUCCAGAAAUCGUGAUUGUUGGUGGUGCCAAUGUUGAUAUGGCUGUCAAGUUGAGACCUGAGCAUUUAAAAACCACUAAGGAUAUUUACCCUCCUGCGAGUUAUUUGGGAACGGUUGAGGUCCUUGGAGGGGGUGGAGUUGGAAGAAACGUCGCUGAUGCAGUGGGGAGACUCUCCCCAUCGCACAUUUUCCUAACGGCUGUCUCGAAUGACGCUGAUGGUCGAAAUUUGCUUCAGAGUCAGCCCUUCAUUGCAUGGAAAACGGCACCUGCUUCGAAAUUUUCUUCGCACACAGCAAAAUAUGUUGGACUGCUGAAUUCGACUGGUGAGCUCUUGUUCGGAGUUGCUGAUAUGGACAUUCACAAGCAGGUGACUCCAGAAUUCGUCGAAAGUGAACUGAAAAAAUUGUCAUUAUCUCACACCAAGGUUAUAUGUGCUGACGGAAAUAUGGACACGAAAACUCUAAAAAAGCUCAUCAGCAUAGCCAGGUCUCAGAAUGUUCCAUUUUGGUACGAGCCAACGGAUCUGCAUAAGUGUGUUAGAAUUAUUGAUGCCAUAACUCGAGAUCAACCGAUUGAUACAAUUUCCCCAAACUUAACUGAACUGAAAGCCAUUUAUCUGAGGGUUACCAACAAGCAGCUGCAAAUCAACCCUACAUCCCAUCAAUCCUUAGUGGAAUGUGCCAGCAUGAUACGUCGAGACCUGUCCACUUUGGCUUCAAACUGGUUUGUGAAAAUGGGGAAAGACGGAGUGGUGUUCGUCAAUAAGAAAGAGGCGUUCCACUUCACAUCCCCUGUUAAGGACCAGGCAUCUAUAGCAAGUGUUUCUGGUGCAGGUGACAGCUCUGUUGGGGCUAUGCUAUACCUUCGAUACAUGAAAAAAUGGCCUUGGAAGAGAGCCGUCCUUGGAGGAUUAAAGGCUGCAGAACUCUCAUUAGCAUGCAAAUAUCCCGUUCCAGACACACUUAAGCCAGAAAUUUUUGAAAACAAUGGAAGCUUAAGUAUCUGGGCAGAGAAGAUUAGAAUUAAUACCUUGUGA